GCGUAUAUUUGGCAUUUAAAGCAAGAUGGCUCUCAGUAUAAAUAUAAGAGCGGCUAUUUCCACAUCGUGUGCGAGGAAUAAAGGGUCGUUCGGGGUUCUGUCCACGACGCCCGUCCUCCAUUCGAUCUGGCCCGUGCGGCGUCCGUGCGCGAGCGGCCCAAACCCCUUUUGGCGGCUUUGGAAGUCCCCGUGCGGCCCUCCAUCGGUUGCGGGGGGCCGGCAUGCUGACGUGAGACAACGUACGAGACAUCAACAUGACCAGCAGGUUGGACCGGCUGUUCCUGCUGCUGGACACGGGGUCUUCGCCCGUGACCCGGCGAGCGGCCGCUCUGCAGCUGGGCGAAGUGCAGCGCCUGCACCCUCAUGAACUGCACCACCUCCUCGCCAAGGUGCGCAAGUACCUGCACAGCGCAUGUUGGGACACGCGCAUUGCGGGCAGCCAGGCGGUGGAAGCCAUCGUCUCGCAGGUGCCCCAGUGGGACCCUCCAGCAAACGAAAAAGGCGUUCCGGGGGGCGAGGGAACGCCGUGUCGUCUUCGCUUCGCACACUUUGACAUCCGCAUGGUGAUGCGGCAUGGGGCGGACCUGCUCGCGUCGGAGGGCAGCGAGUUCGACCUUGAGGAGGACCCUCUCGUGGGCCAGUCGAAGGAGAUGCUGGCGCACCAGCGCCGUCUGCUGCACCAGCGCCUGGGCCUGGAGGGCGCCGAGCGCAUGGGGCUCCUGGACUCCUCGGAGCUUUUCUCGGCCGAGGACCUGAGGGGGGACGGCUGCAGCCGCUCCAAUGCGGAUCACCCCGUCUCAGACAAGCGUGAUCUUGCCGAGAUGCUGGCCCAGCAGGGAUCCACGGGGGCCCAGAAGCGAAGGGCUAGCGCGGCUGCGGAAGCGGGGCCUACCAAGCGCCCCGCGGGGUCCGUCAAGGAGGAGCCCCGCGAACAGGGGGAAAACUUCUGGGACGAGGGUGGGGAAUGGCCCCUGGAGGCCUUCACGGAAUCCCUCUGCCAGGACCUGUUCAGCGCCUCCUGGGAGGUGCGCCACGGAGCAGCCACGGCCCUGCGGGAGAUUGUGCGUCUGCACGGCCAGGGGGCCGGAAGGUGCAGCCGCAUGACGAGGGAACAGAUGGAGGCUGCCAACCAGCUGUUCCUCGAGGACCUGUCCCUGCGGCUGCUCUGCGUCCUGGCCCUCGACAAGUUCGGAGACUUUGUUUCGGACCAGGUGGUUGCCCCCGUGCGGGAGACCUGUGCUCAGUGCCUGGGCCACAUCCUGUCCCUGGCCGGGGAGGCGGUCUCCUCAGGGGUCCUGGGGGUAUUGCUGGUGCUCCUGCGCUGCCCCCAGUGGGAGGCCCGCCACGGGGGACUCCUAGGGCUCAAGUACCUGCUGGCAGUUCGCAAGGAUGCCUCACUGCUGAUGCCCUCGGUGUUUGAGCCCAUCUUUGGGGGCUUGCAAGACCCAAAUGACGACGUGAGCGCCGUGGCGGCCGCUGCACUCCUGCCGGUCACGGACCACCUUGCCAGUACCCUGCCACACCAGGUUCCUCGUGUGCUGCGCGCCCUGUGGGACUCUCUUCUAGAGCUGGACGAGCUGACCUCCUCGACCAGCUGCAUCCUGCGUCUGCUGGCCGCGCUCUUGUCCCAGGAGAAAGGCGUCGCCCGCUUGGGGGAGGAGCAGCUUCCCCUGGAGCAGUGCCUGCCCCGCCUGUGGAGCUUCCUGUCGCACAACUCCGUGCUGGUGCGACAGUCGGUGCUGCGCUCCCUGCUCGUGCUCACCUCUAAGGAGGAGGGGCACCAGCCCCCAAGCGACUGGCUUCCCCCAGUGCUGCCGGACAUGCUGCGGCUGCUACUGCAGCGCUGCCUGGUGGAGAACUGCCCGGACACUCUGCAGCUGAUCUACCAGGUGUGGUCCCAGCUGGUGUCUACCGCUCCCCUGGGUCCCCUGUUGACGGCAGCCUGCCCCUGCCUGGGCUCCUGGCUCUGCCUGCUCAUGCACCCGGCACACCUACAGGUGGACGUGGUUGCCCUGCAGUGGCUCGUCCUGCCCCCGAAGGUCAAGGGGGAGAAGCGUGGCCGCCGCGUCUCCGACCCCCCGGCCCUGGAGCAGCCCGUGUACAUUGGGGGCGCAGAAUCCCUGGGCGACCCUCCCCAGGAGCGUGAGCGCCUGGUGCUGCAGUGCCGCCUGAUGGCCGCCAGGCUGCUGGGGCUACUGUCCGGACCGGUGACGCGCCCCAUGCCGGGGCUGGAGCAGCCGCUACCCCCCACGGAGAGCCCCGUGGAGUGCUACGCCCGGCUGCUCCUCUUCCACCUAGGCUCCAAGAGCGCCCUCCAACGCACCAUGGCUGCACAGGUGCUGGCGCACUGGGUCCGCACUGACGAGGGCCACGAGUGUCCGGCUUCGGUGCGGGACCGCGUGCUGGAGUGCCUCGGGGAGAGCAUCUACUUCGACGAGAUGGCGGGGGCCUUCACCCGCCUGCAGCAGGACUGCCGGGACUUCAUGGCCCUUCUGAGACAUGCGGGGCUUCCCCUCGACGCCUGCUUCCAGCCCGGGGCGGUGCUGACAGUGGACCAGGCAAGUCACCUGGCGACUUCGGUGUUCCAGACCCUGAUGGAGCAAGCGGAGCAAGGGGUGGCCAAGAGCCUGGAGGAGAAGCGGCAGUGCUUGCUGCAGACGGCGUUGCAGACCGGAAGGGACCAGCUACAGCUGAGCACCAUGGUGCAGUCAUCGCUGGCGGGAUUUCUCGUGUCCCUGGGCCAGCUACCGGAGCGGCUGAACCCGGUCAUCCGACCGCUCAUGGACGCCGUGCGCAGGGAGGCCAACCACCAGCUGCAGCGCCAAUCCUGCGAGCGCCUGGUGGAGCUCCUGGGGCGCUGUGUGUCCCGCGAGCCUUGCCCCAACGGCAAGGUGGUGCGCAACCUUGUGGCCCUGCUGUGCUCUCCGCACCCGGACGAGCCGGCCGACACCCGGCUGCCAGGCAUCCUCACCCUGGACAACAUGCACAAGCAGGUGGAGAGGAGCAGCCUGAGGAGAAGCCUGUCUCGGAAGGGCUCCGUGCAGGCAGUUUCGGAGGAUUCCACCUGUGCGGACGAGGGGGUGCAGCGGCGGGGCGCCGUGAUGGCGCUGUCGCUGGCCGCCGAGUCCUUCGGUGCCGACCUGCCCGAGAAGCUGCCCAGCCUGUGGGAGGCAGCCUUCCGCCCGCUCUUGCAGGACGCCGUCCGAGCCGCAGAUGCGGCCACCCUUUCGACCAGCCUGCAGCUGCUGGAGGUCGUGGGCCCCAGCUUGCAUCCCAACCUCUCCCCGCAGCUGGAGUCCGUGCUGGGUCCCCUGUGCUCGGCCCUGGAGCACGGGUCCCCGUGGGUGCGCCACCUGUCUUCCCGGUGCCUGGGCAUGCUGGCCCGGGUCUGCACGGGCCCCACCAUGUCCCUGGUGACGGGACGCCUGCUGGCGCAGCUGGGGGCCUCCCACGACCCCAUCCUGCGACAGGGGGCCCUCGAGGCCCUUGCCUGUGUGAUAGAGAGCCUGGGCCUGCUGGUGGUGCCGUACAUUGUGCUGCUGCUGGUGCCCGUGCUGGGGCGCAUGAGCGACCCGGACCCUCAAGUGCGCCUCAUGGCCACCCACUGCUUCGCCGCCCUCGUCCGCCUCAUGCCCCUCGACGGAGGCGUCGGGGAGAGCCCCGAUUUGCCUGAGGAGCUGCGCGAGCGGCGUGCGUCGGAGAAGCACUUCCUGGAGCAGCUGAUGAACGCCAAGCACGCUGACAACUUCGAGGUGCCCGUGCCCAUCGGGGCCCAGCUGCGCUCGUACCAGCAGGAAGGGGUCAACUGGCUGGCCUUCCUGAACAAGUACCGGCUGCACGGCAUCCUGUGCGACGACAUGGGCCUGGGCAAGACCCUACAGUCCAUCUGCAUCCUCGCCUCGGACCACCACCUCAGGGAGCAGCAGUACCAGGAAGGGGAGCGACCGGAUGCCAAGCCUCUGCCGUCCCUGGUGGUGUGCCCACCCACUCUGACGGGCCACUGGGUCUACGAGGUGGAGAAGUUUGUGAGCUCCCGUUACCUGAACCCACUGCACUACACGGGCCCACCCACAGAGCGCCUCAGGCUGCAGGGCAGGGCCCACAAGCACAACCUCAUAGUGGCCUCGUACGACAUUGUGCGCAACGACAUCGACUUCUUCGGUGCCAUUUCCUGGAACUACUGCAUCCUGGACGAAGGGCACAUCAUCAAGAACGGCAGGACCAAGCUGGCGCGUGCCAUGAAGCAGCUGCAGGCCAACCACCGGCUGAUCCUGACGGGCACCCCGAUCCAGAACCAAGUGCUGGACCUGUGGUCCCUCUUCGACUUCCUCAUGCCGGGCUUCCUGGGCACGGAGCGCCAGUUUGCAGCCCGCUUCAGCAAGCCCAUCCUGCAGUCAAGGGACGCCAAGUCCUCGUCCAAGGAGCAGGAGGCCGGGGUGCUGGCCAUGGAGUCCCUGCAUCGGCAGGUGCUGCCCUUCCUACUGCGUAGGGUGAAGGAGGACGUGCUGCAGGACCUGCCCCCCAAGAUCCUGCAGGACUACUACUGCGAGCUGAGUCCCCUGCAGGUGCAGCUGUACGAGGACUUCGCCCGCAGCCGGGCCAAGAAGUCCCUGGACGAGACCGUCGAGGCCGGAGGAGACGGCAGCCAUGCCAUGCCCCACGUCUUCCAGGCGCUUCAGUACCUGCGCAAGGUGUGCAACCACCCGAAGUUGGUGCUCAACGCCCAGCACCCAGAGUACGAGCGCAUCCACGCCAGCCUGGAGCAGAACAAGACUCCGUUGUCCGACAUCGGGCACGCGGCCAAGCUGGGAGCCCUCAGGCAGCUGCUGCUGGACUGCGGCAUCGGCAGCUCAUCUGGCGGCGAGCAGGAGAGCGUGGUGCACGCCCACCGGGCUCUCGUCUUCUGCCAGCUCAAGAGCAUGCUCGACAUCGUGGAGAGGGACCUGCUCAGGGCGCACAUGCCCGGCGUGAGCUACCUGCGCCUGGACGGCAGCGUGGCGCCCGGCCAGCGUCACGCACUGGUGCACCGCUUUAACACGGAUCCCUCGAUGGACGUGCUGCUGCUCACCACUCAGGUCGGGGGCCUGGGCCUCAACCUGACCGGGGCCGACACCGUCAUCUUCGUGGAGCAUGACUGGAACCCCAUGAAGGACCUCCAGGCCAUGGACCGUGCGCACCGCAUCGGCCAGAAGAAGGUGGUGAACGUGUACCGGCUCAUCACUCGGGGUACCUUGGAGGAGAAGAUCAUGGGCCUGCAGAAGUUCAAGCUGACAGUGGCCAACACAAUCAUCACGCCGGAGAACAGCAGCCUGCAGACGAUGGGCACGGACCAGCUGUUGGACCUGUUCACCCUGAAUCCAGCCGCACAGUCCCCGGCCCCCAGCAGGGACACCGAGGGGGGCCCCAAGGGGCUCAGCCUGCCUGAGCUGUGGGACUCCACCAAGUACGACUCGGAGUACGACCUCACCAGCUUCCUCAACACCCUACGGCCCAAGUGAAGUCCUCGCGCGGUGGAUGGCGCUCUCACUAGGACCUUUGAUGCCAAUGCGGACCUUCGGCUUAACGGCUUGUGCUUGGGGUCCCUUCUGAUGGAAACCUCUCGGGGGUGGACAGUGCCCUCACAAGGUGGGUGGCAUCCUUAUUGGGUUGACAGUGUCCUCACGCUGUUGAUGACAGCAUCCUCACAAUGGUGACGGCGUCCUCAAGGGGUGGGCAGCACCGAUCGCAAGGACCUUUCAUGCCACUGUGGAUGAGGAACCCAGUUAAACGACUCGUGCUUGUGGUCACUCGUGACUGGCGUCUUGCGAGGAGCGGUCCUCGGCCACGCAAGCGGGACUUUUCUAGGGAUGUCAGCCACCACGUGCAAGUGCUCUUCGAUGUCGUCGAAGCACCUGUCUACGUUAAACGUAAAGUCGGCCGACGGCCUUUCGACUAGUGCCAAGUUGCGCACAAACCGUCGCUGCGCUCGCUUGUUGUUGGAGGGAGGCGUAACUUAAGAACCAAUAAAACACGGACAGAAAUAAUGCGAGUUUGAAUGAAAUAUGUGUCUGUGACUGCUUUGCACUGAGGAACCACGUGAGCAAAGGCACGUGGAACCCCGAAUUAAUGUCUGCCCAUGGUGAGGAUGGAAACGGCGAAACUUAUGGGACGAGCAACGUCUGGAGAUACAACAGCAAAUGUGUGGGAGCCUGCUACGAACGCCGAUAACACGCGAGCCGAUACCGCAGUUUGUGAAAGUAGCAAUCUUGCAUUCCAGGAUCACACUUGAAACCCAUCUCAGAU